AUUGACUGGCUGAACACAAUGCCACUCCGUACAGUCAUGCGCAAAUGGCAUGUGGCGCAAAGGGAGAGAGGAGGAGUAAACAGCAGCAGUGAGUCACGUAGCUAGUUAGCCCUCAAAAGAGAAUGGAAAUGAGUAGCAGCGAGUGCUUCGGAUGUGGCCGCAGUGGACACUGGGUGAAGAACUGUCCCAAUGCUGGAGGCCGUGGUGGUGGCCGUGGCAGGGGCCGAGGAAGGGGAAAGGGGAUGGAUCUGUUCUGCUACAGAUGCGGGGAACAAGGUCACAUUGCCAAGGACUGUGAACAGACUGAGGAUGCGUGCUACAACUGUCACAGGAGUGGUCACAUUUCCAGGGACUGCAAGGAGCCAAGGAAGGAGAGGGAGCAGUGCUGCUACAACUGCGGCAAGGCUGGACAUGUGGCCCGGGACUGUGAACAUGCCAACGAGCAGAAGUGCUAUUCCUGUGGUGGAUUUGGACACAUUCAGAAGCUCUGUGACAAAGUCAAGUGUUACAGGUGUGGUGAGAUCGGCCAUGUUGCAGUGCAAUGCAGCAAGGCCAGCGAGGUGAACUGCUACAACUGUGGCAAAACGGGCCACCUGGCAAAAGAGUGCCACAUCGAAGCCACUGCAUAAAUGGUUACCUCUGAUGCCCCUCCUAUUUUCUGAUUGAUGGUUGGUUGUAUUAUUUCUCUCUGAAUCCUCUUCAUUGGCCAAAGGUUGGCAAAACAGAGGCUAGUCCCAGGCCAGAGCUUCUCGACAAUGUACAAAAAGAAGCAAGGGGUGAUAAAAAAUCUUUCUGCAUUCAAUACGAAAAAAAAAUCUUUUUAGUUUGGUAGAGGUGUUCUGUAUAAUGCUUUGUAAAAGAUCCCCCUUCAACAGCACUGGUGAACAGAGAUCAGUGUCACGGGACAAAAAGUGCUAUGUUGGUCGUUUGAGCUCAAAGAUGACGCGUGCCUCUUCAAGAUGAACUGGAAGUUAAGGAAGCCAGUACUUCCAAGUGUGCGUUUUUUGUUUGUUUUUUUUUCCCCCUUUUUUUUUGUUUCAGUUGGGGAUAAUGAGUUGGCUUACGAGUUUUUCAGUACAUCUUAAUCUGGGCCCACAAUGCAGCAUCCAGUGACGCGGGCAUGAAAUAUAGCAUAUUGAUGAUGGCGAUAACAUUUUUAGGAAAUUAAGAUCCGAAGUUCUUUUAUAAAGGUCAUCUUGUUUGCAAGUUCAGCAAACCUUUCAGUUGUUAAGCACUCAAGGUUGAACUUUCUAAAAAAUGCCUUUUUUUGUUUCUCGAAGUGUCUGCCUUGAGGGGAGAAAUGACCUCAAGAAUUACAGAAUAACUUGUGAAAUUCACAGUUAUUUGCAAAAGGAGAAUGUUUUCACAGAAAUCAAAUAUUAUUUUUGUACAAUAUCACAAAGACUACUGUAAAAAUAUCAUUUGCUUGUACUCAGUUUUUAAGUCGGAAGGAAAAUGCAAUUGAAGUCCUAGAACUAGAAAUGUAAUUUUAAACUAUCAAUAAACCUGAAGGAGGUUGGAGGGUACAUAAA